ACAAAGAAGUAGCGUUAAUCAGUUGGCCAAUAAGCGAGCGUCGCUGGCUGUUUGACGUCGUGAUGAUAACGCUGCCCACAGUUCUUACCCUCAGUUAAGAUGGCGGGGAUGAGCCUUCUCCGUUCAGCGGCGGCGUUUCUCAGCCGCUUGCAGCCGUUACAGCGCGGGCAGGUCGGGAAGGGUGCCCUGCAGAAAAGAGUGCCGCCGGCCAUUACGGUGCCUGUGCGAUUUGACAGCCAUGGACCUAGACUGUUCGUAGUCAGACCUUCAACCUACUAUGAUAAAAGAUUUCUCCAACUAUUUAAACAUUAUGUGUUACUCGCUGCAGUACCCGCAGGUGUGGUUAUCGCCCUUAUCAAUAUUUUUAUUGGUCCGGCAGAGCUUGCAGAGAUUCCAGAAGACUAUGUUCCUGAACACUGGGAGUAUUACCAGCACCCAGUAACUCGUUUUAUUGCCAAAUAUACGUUUGACUCGUAUCAAAAAUCAUAUGAGAAGGAAAUGGCUCUAAUUCACAUUGAAAAUGAAAAAAUUUUGCUCAGACUCUAUGAAAAGGAAGCGCGCCGUCACAUGAGGCAGAGAGGAGACGGCCCAUGGUACCAGUUUGAGACCCUCGAUAAAAACCUUAUUGAUAAUUCACCAAGAGUGAAUCCUGAUUUUUAGUGCAUCUACCUACUCAUCACAGUAAUUGUCAUAUGUGACUUUCUCUGUUUUCAAAUAAACUUUAUAUUAGUC